ACAGCAUGGGUACAGUAAUUAAUCAUAAAAUGUACUACAGUAAAGGUACAGUAAUAAUAAAAUAUAGAAAAUUAACAACAGUUAAGAAACGCACGUUUUGAUAAGACGAAGGUCGUAGUAGUUAAUUAGUCACCUGUAGUACUUACUACAACCACAAUACAAAUUAAAAGUCCCACAGCAUGAGUACAAUAGAUAAUCCAAAAAAUAAAAAAUUAACAAAAAUCAAGAAACGUAAACAUGAACAUAACGCUCACGAACUAAACCAGGAAGUCUGAGCUGCUGUAAAUAACUUGCUGUGUUUACUGGUGUUUGUGUUUACGUGUAGAAAAAUGGCCGAGUCAAAAAAAUCAGUAACUGAGGACGAGUUCAGCUGUUCAGUCUGUCUGGAAACACUGAAGGAUCCAGUAACUACACACUGUGGACACAGUUUCUGUAUGGUGUGUAUUAAUAACUGCUGGGAUCAGGAGGAUGAUAAGGGAACAUACAGCUGUCCACAGUGUAGACAAACCUUCACUCCAAGACCUGUUGUGAGGAAAAACAUUAUUCUGGCAAAAGUUGUAGAGGACCUGAAGAAGAGAGAAUCCCAAGAUCCACUUCCUUCUGGACCUGAAGAUGUGGAGUGUGAUUACUGUGCAGAGAGAAAAUCCAAAGCAGUAAAAUCCUGUCUGGUGUGUUUGGCCUCUUUCUGUGUAACUCACCUUCAGCCUCACUAUAAAUCUCCUGCUUUUAAGAAUCACAAGCUGGUUGAAGCCUCCAGACGACUUCAGGAUCAGAUCUGUUCUCAGCAUAAUAAACUGCUGGAGGUUUACUGUCGUACUGAUCAGCAGUGUAUCUGUGUGAUGUGCACCAUGGAUGAUCAUAAAGGACAUGAUACAAUAUCAGCUGCAGCAGAAAGAACUGAGAAACAGAAGCAGCUGCUGGAGAUCCAGAGAAAAUUCCAGGAGAAAAUCCAGAACAGAGAGAAGGAACUUUGUGAGCUGAUAAACGCUGUGGAGUCUCACAAGUGUUCUGCACAGACAGCAGUGAAGAACAUUGAGAGGAUCUGUACUGAACUGAUCAACUCAAUUAACAGAAGAUGCUCUAAGCUAAAAGAUCUGAUCAGAGAUCGAGAGACAGCAGAAGUAAGUCAAGCUGAAAAAGUCCUGAAAGUCCAGUUGGAGCAGCAGAUUGUAGAGCUGAAGAGGAAAGAUGCUGAACUGGAACAGCUUUCGCACACAGAGGAUCCCGUCCAUUUCAUAUUGAAGAAAGUCUGGAUUACUCCUGAACCUGAAAUCAGAGAAGAUUUUCUACAAUAUGUUUGUCGGUUCACACUGGAUCCAAACACAGUAAAUCAUUUCCUCCGUCUGUCUGAGGAGAACAAAGUGGUGACCUGCAGUAGAACAUUACAGUCGUAUCCUGAUCAUCCAGAUAGAUUUGAUAAUUGGUCUCAGGUUGUGUGUAGAGAGAGUGUGAGUGGACGCUGUUACUGGGAGGUUGAGUGGAGUGGGAAUAAGUGGGUUAAUAUAGCAGUGUCAUAUAAAAGCAUCAGCAGGAAGGGAUGUGGUGAUGAGUGUGUGUUUGGAUAUAACGAUCAGUCCUUGAGAUUAGAGUGUUAUCCAUCCAAAUUUUUAUUGAGGCACAAUAAGAAAGAGACUGAAAUUCCCAUAAUGCCGAGUUCCUCUAGAAUAGGAGUGUAUGUGGAUUAUGAAGCAGGAACUCUGUCCUUCUACAGCGUCUCUGAUACAAUGAAGCUCCUCCACAGAGUUCAGACCACGUUCACUCAGCUCCUCUACCCGGGGUUUAGUCUUUCUUAUGGAUCAAAAGUGAAACUGUCAGAUUGAACAAAUUAAAUGUAAAAUUUACAUGAAAGUGUAACAUUAAACUGUUUGAGUGAUUUUUAGAAUCUGUGAGGCAGUGAUACAUUUAUGAAGAUUUUCUUUUUCAAUUUAUUAAUCACCAUUUAU